ACUCAUCAUUCUCCACUGUCGGAGAAGGAAAGUAUGACAGCGAACAGCCUUCAAACCAAAGUCAUCCGCACUACUCCACUUCUCUGCUGUCAUCAUGUCUGAGAAAGAGCUCGGCCAGAAAUGGGAUCGUUGUCUCGCAGACUGCGCUAUUAAAGUCGGUACUGGUCUGGGUCUAGGAAUUGUGUUCUCUGUUGUAUUCUUCAAGCGCCGGACGUCGCCUAUUGCGCUUGGGACAGGGAUAGGGCUUGGCAUGGCUUAUUCCAACUGCCAGAAUGACUUGAGAUCACAUUAUCAGCUGCACAGAAGCGCUGCUAAGGAGCAGUGAAGUCCGCUCAGUCAUGGAUCUGCCUUGCUUUAUUUUUUUUUGUAAGCCUGACACAGUCAGACUAGUUACCUUUUGCUCUCAAUAAUAUCCAUGUUCUUGUACAGGACACACUGUUUAUUUAAUAAAAUGUGGAGUUUUGACGUUUGCAAAAGAUGAUUUGAAUGUGUUUGAUUUUUUUUAUUUAUAUUAAAAAAAACAGCCCUACAGACAUGUGCAUUCCUUCUACUCUAAGCUUUACUGAUAGCAGGUCACAUCUGGCUUUCAAACCUGGAGCAGAUGAGUUUUUGGUGAAGAUGCCAAACUAGUGCCCUUACUGUGCUCAAAGCAAAACGUGUGCACUAAACCUGCAGUGUUGGCAUGGUGACAGCUCUUCAGGAGUGAAGCAUCACUUUGAGUGUGUAUUUUUGCACAAUGAUGGAAGUAAAAUAUCAAAAUAAAUUCCAGUGCAUAACCUUGUACAAGAGUAAGGCUUUAGAGAAUUGUUGCAGGCAUGUUGACUAUAAAUACUAAAUGUAUCUUUUGCUUUUGUCAGAGGUAACUGUACAAGAGCUUUUUUUUUCUUUCUUCACAGCUUUCCUUUGUUUUCUGGGAAUAAACUGAACUUGUAAAAUC